AUGUGGACUGAUAGCAUUGUUGGUAAAGAUGGAGCAUCUCAGGCCAGUAAGGUUGCAGGCAGGAGAAAGAGGACCAGCUUCACUAAGGAGCAUUUGGAGCUUCUACGAAUGGCUUUUAGUGUGGACCCGUACCCUGGCAUUAGUGUCAGAGAAAGUCUGUCUCAAGCCACUGGCCUCCCAGAGUCCAGAAUUCAGGUAUGGUUCCAGAACAAGAGGGCAAGAACUCUGAAGAACAGGUCCACUAGUACUUCCCCUCAACCAGAAGCUGCUUCUUCUCUGCCCAGCCCCUUCCUGGCACCUCACAUGGUUGACAUGAUGGACAGCAGACAGGCGCAGUUCAACAAUGCUCAACCAGUGUUGAGAGAUGACAGUGAACAGGACUGCUUCUAUACUGACCUGUCUCCACAAAGUUUUGGCUAUCCACCAAGUGGAGCCCACUGCAGCACUCCAUCCAUCAGACCACGCCAGGACCGGCUGCUGGGCACCAGCUUAAGUCCUUCUGCGUUUCCUUCAGAAUUGGAGAUGACCCCUAUCAGCUGGAGCUCUCUGAGACCCAGGGGACUGUCCUCUCCAGGGUGUCUGUGGAGCCCACCAAUUCAGGGCACUGGAUCCAGCAGCAAUGAUGAGAGCCAGGUCUUCCUUUAUCCUCCACCUCCAUAUCCUCAUGGCACUGUGAGUUCUGGAUACGUCAGCUCCCUGAAGCCUGCGUCUCCAGAAUCUGCUGAUUCUGCCUUUUGGGACAUGGGACUGGAGAGCUCCUCACCACCCAUGCCAUAUUCUCAGAGUGGAAGCGUAAUGUGGGAUGAAUCUGCUCAGGAACAGUCUCAAGCUUUGGCCCCAUUGCCAAAUCUGUCUUCUCAGUGUUUGGAGGAAGUUCUUGGAGAGAUUGAGCCAGGCUGGUGGAAGAUUAAUGGACAGAUGGAGCUUCAGUAG